CCAAGCAGGCUGGACCCUUCUUCCAGGUGACAGCUGCCACCAUGGGGGCUCUGGCCCUCCUGUGGCCUCCCCUGCUGUGGCUAUUGUUUGCAGUGCUAUUUGGCCAACCUCCGGGGACCUUGGCCCAGGCCCAGGCCCAGGUCUGCUCUGUGAACCAGACCACCUUUACAUUUGAGGAGAACAUCAAUGUUUCUGGGCCACUGGCAGUCAUUUCUGUCCCAGAAGACCAAGUUGUGGACUUGGGACACUUGUCCACCCCUAACGCCUUUAAGAUCGAGAAUAAUCUCCUGUUUCUCAACGUGACUCCAGAUUAUGAGGAAAACCCAUUGCUGGUGGCAGUUGUAGAGUGUAAGAGAGGAGACACUGUGGUGACACAGAUCAGGGUGAUUGUGGCUGUCUUGGAUGUCAAUGACAAUGAGCCGAGAUUCCCCUUUACAAACAAGGAAUAUAAUGUAUCGGAGGACACCAGAGUGAAUACAAUCGUUAUCCCUGAGACAGAGCUGAAGGCUACAGAUGCUGACAAAGAUGACACCCUAGUCUACACUCUGCAGGAAGUGACCCCCAACGCCAACACGUUCUUCUCCCUGGUGGGCCCAAGCACCCCUGCUCUGAAGUUGGACCAGACCCUGGAUUACUACAAGAAUCAGAACAUGACCUUUAGGCUGCUGGCACGGGAUACUUGGGAGGAGAAUGCAACUGUUAGCCACACGGCCACUGCCACCCUCAUCGUGAGCGUGCUGCCAGCUGACCUGCGGCCCCCUUGGUUCCUGCCGUGCUCCUUUACAGAUGGCUAUGUCUGCAUCCAGGCCAAGUACCAUGCGGUUGUCCCCACGGGAUACAAACUGCCAUCCCCCCUCACCUUGAGUCCUGGUCCCAUCUAUGCUGUGGAUGGCGAUCAGGCCAUUAACCAGCCUAUCAUCUACAGUAUUAUGACAGGAAACACGGAUGACACAUUUAUCAUCAACGCGGCCGAUGGCAACCUCACGAUGGCCAAAAGUAUCCCCAGCCCCAUGAUGUUCACCCUGGUGGUCAGGGCUGAGCAGGCUGACAAGGCUCAAUACUCAGUGACCCAGGCCAUUGUGGAGGCUCGCAAUGACUCUGAGAGCCCACUCCAGUUCUCUCAGAGCCUGUACUUCGGCACAGUGGUGCUGGGUUCUGAGGCUGGCACAGCAGUGAGAGACAAGACCUUCCCUUCAGAGUUCCUGAGGAUCCAGGCUCAGUACCCAGGCUUUCCGGACCUCAACUCGGCUGUCAUGUACCAAGUCACCAACUCCUCAGAAUUCCUGAUGAAUCAGAAUAUCAUACUGACCACUGUGCCUAUGGAAGAAGAGAAAACCAUCCGUAUAGAGGUAGGAGCUAGCAAUACUGUGACUAAGGACACAGCCACCGCUGUUGUUGAGAUCCAGGUGUCAGAGCGGGAGCCACCCUCCACAGAGUCCCCCACACCCCCAGAAGCUGGAGGAACAACUGGGCCUUCAAGUAACAGCACUUUGGAAGCCCCCUCGACCUCUGGGACCUCUCAAGGACCUGCCACAACCAGCUCUGGGGGAAGUGCUGGCCCAGUCCCUCCUGCAGGCACAACUCUAAGCCCACCCACCUCUGUCUCAUCUGUACCUGGGGUGUCUCCUACUGGUGGAAUCAGCACCUCUCCUGAGACAGCCAUUCCUGGUGGGGACUCAACCCAGACCCCCAAGCCAGGAACCUCUCAGCCAAUGGCCCCCAUUCCAGGGGCCAGCACCUCUUCUCAGCCAGCCACACCUAGUGGCAGCUCAACCCAGACCCCCAAGCCAGGAACCUCUCAGCCGACAGCCACUGGGCCCAUCUCAGGAGCAGACGAACUUGGUGAUGACCAGAGGUUUUCCACGACGGACAUGGCAGUGCUGGGUGGGGUGCUGGGUGCGCUGCUGCUGCUGGCUGUCAUUUGCUUGUUCAUCCUCGUCUACAAGCACUACCGACAUCGGCUUGCUUGCUGCUGUGGGAAGGCUUCGAAGCCAGAGCCGAGUGGCUAUGAUAACCUGACCUUCGUCCCAGACCACAAGGCCAAGUGGUCGCCCACCCCCACCCGGAAGCCAGAGCCGGUCCCGGAGCCUGCCCAGCCGCCCCUGCGGCCUCCUAGCCCCAUGUCCUCCAGUCCUACACCCCCCAGCUCCACGCCUCCUAGCCCUCAGCUCAAAGCUUCCGGGUCUCCUAAGACAGUCCAGGCUGGGGACAGUCCUUCAGCCGUGAGGUCGAUCCUGACCAAGGAGCGACGGCCGGAGGGGGAGGGCGGCUACAAGGCUGUGUGGUUCGGCAAGGACAUCGGGGCGGAGGCUGACGUGGUGGUCCUCAACGAGCCCACCGCCGACGUGGACAGCGCCAGUGCCUCAGGAAGUGAGGGCAGCGACGACGACGACCCUGGCCACAAGAAGAGUGUCCGCUUUGGCGGUGCCCCUGCUGACAUUCACCUCUAGCUCAGCACCGACUGACUCUCCACCCCAGCCACUCCCCUUUCCUCGGUUAAUUAAAG